AUGGCAAAGGAAGCUAUGACUGGCAAGCAGCCAAAAUAUGGUGAUCACUUCUUUACUCCCAAGCGUCUGUGGUAUAGAGUAGUGACUGAAUACUUGGAAGAAAGAACUCAGCAGCAACCUGAGAACCCAUUCGCGAGUCUGAUUCCAGACCAGGAAAUUGCCAUUAUUCCAAACUUCACUCUCGAGUCUGGAGUUACUCUACAGAAUGUACCGUUGGCAUAUACAACGCGAGGAAAGCUGUCUCCAAAUGCAGACAAUGCUAUGGUCAUCUGUCAUGCCUUAACGGGCUCAGCUGAUGUUAGUGACUGGUGGGGACCUCUUCUCGGCGGUCCUGGCCGGGCAUUUGACACUUCUAGAUUCUUCAUUGUCUGUAUGAACAGUUUGGGUAGCCCCUAUGGCACGGCCAGUCCAGUAACCGUCAAGGAUGGCGACCCGAGCAACGAGAGAUACGGCCCCGAAUUUCCUCUUACUACAAUCAGAGACGAUGUCAAUUUGCAUAAGCUUCUUCUCGACGACCUAGGCGUACGCCAGGUAGCUGCCGUCAUAGGUGGAUCCAUGGGCGGUAUGCUUGUGCUUGAGUGGGCGUAUUUCGGUAAGGAUUAUGUUCGGAGUAUUGUUCCGAUCGCUACUUCAAGCCGCCAUAGCGCUUGGGGAAUUAGUUGGGGCGAAGCCCAACGACAGAGCAUAUAUGCGGACCCAAAGUAUGAUGAUGGAUAUUAUUCAUUCUCCGAUCCACCUACAACUGGCCUUGGAGCCGCACGUAUGUCCGCCCUUUUGACCUACCGGAGUCGGAAUUCCUUUGAGGCACGGUUUGGGCGCAAUAUCCCGGACCCGGCUAGGCGCCAGACCAUCAGGGAAAGACCCCGCCCGAACACUCCAUCCGAGGCUCAUUUUCAUAUUCACAAUGAUGGACACAAGACAACUCGGUUAUCAAGGAACAAUAGCCACGCCAGCGAGGCCGAUGCGAGCAUCCAUAAUGAUACCAAUGGUCAAUCCCUGGACCCCCAAUUCUCCGGCCCGAAGAUAGACAUUUCUACUGGAAGUGAUUCGUUGCCAACGACAACCUACUUUUCAGCUCAGUCAUAUCUUCGCUAUCAAGGCGGGAAAUUUGUCAAGCGCUUUGACAGUAACUGUUAUAUUGCGAUUACGCGGAAACUAGACACGCACGACGUCUCUCGAUACCGCGCUAGUACCAUCGCCGAGGCACUCGCUCUCAUUGAGCAGCCUACCUUAGUUCUGGGGAUUGAAAGUGACGGGCUCUUCACAUUUGCAGAGCAACAGGAGUUAGCGGAGCACAUCAAGAAUGCCCGGCUUGAGAAGAUAGACAGCCAAGAAGGCCACGAUGCCUUUCUGUUGCAGUUUGAACAAGUCAACAAGUAUAUCCUAGAGUUCCUACACGAGACGCUGCCGGAUAUUAUGAAUAGAGAAGGUGAGCACGUGGAGGCGGCUAACGUCGGUCGGAUAACUAAAUCGAGCACUUUCGGGGAGGCAGAAGUAGAAGUAGAAGAUAUCACGGCGUGGUGA